AGUGCGAUUCCGAUCGUUGCCGAUAGCGGAACGUGUCCGUGCCAGCGUGUAGCAGGUGUACGUGUGCGUGCGUCUUCGACAGUCGUGUGUGAACACGUUCGCGAAUAAAUCGUCCAAAGUGCAGAAGAAAAGUGUGCAUUUGCUGCGAAAAAAAGUGCUCGGAAAAUAAGAAUUGCAUUCAAAAAAGGAUUAUUACUCUGUUUGAUACCUUGUCCCGGCAUCGUUCAACCAAAACUGCUACAUUUCGAAGCUGUUCCAGCUGUUUAGUGCGGAAGCGUCAGUGAGUGAAGCGUGCGGGUACAGGUGCGCUAAAUGUGUGUCAUUUAUAUACGGAAGCAUCCGAUGCAAAAGUUUUCAUCCAACCGAAAUUGGGAUGCAGUUUCCGUGAUAAGCGAUCGAUUAUUCUUCUACCCGUGAAGCAGCGUUGCUCAGUUUGAUCAGUUUUGAAGUGUGCUUUACCGGUGUGAGUGAGUGUUUCGAUGAGUGUGGUUUAGCGUGUAUGAUUCACUUCACUACUAUUCAUGUCCAUGGUCGUAUCAUCAUAAUCAUCAUCGUAAUCACUAUUUCAUAACCUCCACGCGCUCAUAACCCGUGCAGUAGUUCUAAUAAUAUUUAUCCUUGCUAUCUGGAUGCAUAAAAUCCGGGCAAUUCUAUUGUGAGUGUAUUGAAAUAUCCGUAUCUCUCGUGUGGUGCUGGUGGUCGUGGGGCGAAGUAUCCAGUGCGCCUAAAGAUAUGAAGCAAUUGCAUGUGAAUAACCAACCCGCCUAGUGUACUACGUGUGUUUGUGUUUUAUUUCUUCCUCCGAGUGUUGUUUAUUUAUUGGAGGCUUGUACUGUUUCCGGCUAGCAGCAGUGAGGAUUUUUCCUCCACGUUCGAAAAGCUCGUAACACUUGCCCCGCGCACACAAAAUGGCCGACCAAGGUCAGUCGCCGCCGAUCACGUCGGCUCCAAAGCGAAGCACCGACCAUCCCUCCACAAUCGGCAUGCCCACCUUUCAGCACCUGCAGCACGGUGGUUCCGAAUCCUGCAAAAACUCUCCGAAUGUGCCCCGGCGACACGAUCCCGCACACCACCUACCGCACCAUGCCGCCGCCCUGCUGCUCCUAGAGAGUGGCUCACAAAGCGCCAAAUCGUCUCCGCUUCCAAAUCGCCGGCUUGACAAACUGCAGGGCGUCAUCCGUGAUCAGCGAUCGACACCGAUUGUUGGACGGCGUGCAGCUGACGGAAGCGAGAUGGAAGCGUUCGAGUCACCGCUCGUCUCACGACGCUUUCUCCAGCAGCAGCAGCAACCGUGCGAGUGUGUUGGUGGACCGACCGUUCCACCGGCCAAGCGUCGGGCAGCGUCCGAGUGUAUGUGCAGUACGGGUGUAGCCACGGGUGGUGAGCCACAGGUGAUGCGUAAGCGUGUCGAUUCGGACUGUGGCAGUGCGGGUAGCUGUUUGCGAAAAAACGUGGUCCGUCACAAUUUUGGACUUGCCAGCGGGGCUGGUGUCGGUGGUGGUUUAAGUUCGUGUGAAAAUUCGCCACUUCCGGUGCGUCGUCAGUUCGGAGCGGGUGGUUGUGGUGGUGUUGGCGGUCCAGUGUUUCCCGCAUCCCCGGCAAAAAGUGUACUCGGUGAGCCGGGAGUGUUUUCGUCACCUAUUCAUCGUCCGUACGCCCAUCAUCAUGCGGCUGCCGGAGGGUUUCAUGGGUCGCCGGCCGGUGCAAGUCCGGCGAAAAGUGUUAUGGGUGAGCCGGGAGUGUUUUCGUCCCCGGCACGCAGUGUUAUUUGCAGCCCGCCCGGUGCGGAGCCGAGAGGUGGUGGUAGUGUGUGUGGUGUUGGUGGUGGGGAUGGGAUGGAAGAUAUGGAUCUCGGUAGUGGUAGUGCUGCGGGUGAUGUGUUGGCAGGAGAUCAGACAAUCGUGUCCGGCUGGCUGAAGUUUCGUGACAACAAGAAGUGGAAAAUUCGAUGGGGAGUCGUAACGAAGCUAUCGCCAGCUGCAGAUUGCCUUCAUCUGCAGCUGUACCGGGACUCGAAGGAUCGCUACAAAAACGGCCAAACAAAGGCAUCCCUCUCGCUGCAGCACUUUCUCGGCGUGGAGUCGGGCUUCACGCUGGACAAGGAGUCCAACACGAUAGCAAUCAUCUGCCAGGAUGUGAUCGUUGUCCUGGCAUUCGAUACCCGCGAAAGACUGAUACAAUGGCAGGUGAAAAUAUCCAACAACCUCGGGGACGAUCUCCAGUACCUGGUUCUGGUUUCAUCGGCACCACCGAAAGCGAAACUAUCCACCGGACCCGCCCGCAUGCACAUCCAGGACCAUCGGUUCUGUCUCACCACGGGCGUUCCACCACGGUUGACAGGGUUGUGGCAAAUCGAGCAUUUAAGACGGUACGGUGUGGUGGACAAUCGGUUUUGCUUCGAAGGUGGCUCAAGCUGCGGGAAGGGCGAAGGACUGUACGUGUUCGUGACGGAUUUGGGCGAUGAGAUAACGCACACCUUCAAGCUAGCUUCACAGGGCAAGCUGGCCAACAAGAAGCGAGCAACUGCGAAGAAAAUGGCAGCACUCGACAGUCCACGCAAGGGUGCGGAAUCACGCUCGACAAACUACAACGACGAAAUCUGUACCGUGCAUAUCGAAAACUCGAACUGCACCUGCCGGAACUCGUACUGGCCGUCGACCGAAUCGCGCGAUCUGGACAGUAACUACGGUUGUGGCGAUACGGCUUCGGUUUCCGAAUGUCACGAUAGCAUCAACGAUUUGGACUCGUUCCCAAGGAACACGGUGGCCAACCUGGAGCGUUGCAUGAGCUGCAUUUCGAAGCUGGGAGCACCCUCAAUGUCACGCAGUUCCACCGUCACCGGAACACCUGGCGCCGUUGCCCCACUUCCCGCAUGGCACAUGCUAACCGAACACAACAAUCACAUCAACCAAACGCAUAAGCUUCCACCACCACAGUUAGCCCUCGACCGGAUGUCUCUCUGCUCGCACGGCAGCAGCAACAACUCCGAGUACUCCAUCCCCCGGCAGAUGUGUGGCGGUGGUGCGGCAGGUGAAUCGAGCUGGUACGAAAAGGCUCCCAGCCAAGCGACCGCUUCCAUCUGCAGCCAUCACCACCGUUCGACGUCCCCGUGCAGUUGCAGCUGUCCCUCGGUACCCUGUCGUCCUCCGAAACCGAGGGACAUGUCGCUACACAUCACGGCACCCAUCCAUACCGCCAUCAGUAUGUCCACCGGUAAGACCCCGCAACAGCAGCACAGUGUGGGGCCGUACGAGAACUACGACGUGCCGAAAACCCCGAUCGCUAUCGAUGGCUCAUCCUCGACGGGGUGUACGCCGGGCGAGAACUAUGAUACGCCGAAAAAAAUACAAGAGUACCUGGCGAAGGAGGGCAAAGACAUGGUGGAUGGUAGUAGUAGCGGCAGUAGCUACGGCAACUACGACAUGCCGAUGUCCCUUACCAAAGCGGUGUGCAGCUGUCUGUCGGGUGGUGGUGAAGCUCCGGUACAGCCUCCGAUGAAGGGACCGGAACGGGUAGACUGUACCUGCCAUCGUGUGAUGUCUUGGGCCGACAAUUGGAUCUCGCUGCCGCUGUGUAAGCGUGGCAACGGUAUCGAAAACACGACCGUUCAGGUGAACAAGGUGAAGUUGAGCGGUGAAGGUAAGAUGCCUGUGAUGGAUGCUAGUGGAGCGAGUGAUGGAAGCGGUGCCAUCUACGCGACCGUUGAUAUGACGAAAAAGAUCCGGAAGAAGUUGGAACAGGCGUGUGCGUGUGAUGAGCCGCUUGUAACGCAACCGCAGGCUAGCGGGCCCAAGCAACUGCCGGCUAGCUGUUACGAUAACUAUGAGGAUGUGGAGAUCAAACCCGAGGCUGGAGCGAACUAUGCGAACCUUGAGUUUGAACGAUCGCUCGAGAACUAUGAAAACUCCAAGGAGGUUCUCCAGCGGGCAGGACUGUGUCUUGCCGGGGCUCCGAGUGAUGAGGAUGAACCUCGCGUUUGCCACAAGUGUGGUCAUCCGAGUGCGAAAACACCCGACACCGAUGAGAAUGGUCGACCGGAAGGUGGUGGUGAACAGGCAUCGGCGGAUGACAAGCAGGAGAACUACAUGAUGAUGGAACCGGGCAAUAAGAAGUCGAAGUUCCCCGGAUAUAUUCCAAUGUCACCAGCCGCUCCAUCAAGCGCCGCUGCAGUUCCAGAAUCGACCGAUGGAACCGUAUCGCCAACUGCACCUCCGCUUCCCUCCAAGUCGGACCUUUUGAAGCAACGCAUGAGCCGCAUUAUUGGAGAGAAAUCGGCAAGUAACCCGAGCCUUUGCGGACCAGCGGUGGAUCGCAGCCGGAAGCGGAUAGACGACGAAUCACGCGUUCCAGGUAGUGCGAUGCUGCGCGCUACGCUCGCAAGUCCUUACGCCCGCAAACAGCUCAUGGACAGUAGUGACCUGCUUCCGACGUGUGGUGCCGAAAAGCGGCUCUCCCCACGGAAACGAUCAGCGUCCGCGGAAUCAUCCCGGUUCUUGGACGCGGAAGGUGAGGAAAUUGAAAGCCCUCUCAGUGGGACGGCUUCUCCAAGUACUGAGACACUGCUACGAAAGACACCAACUCCCGGCUCAACGACGGCCCUUCGGCGAUCUUCAUCUCCCUGCGUGCAUCAGGAGAUGGAAUCGAGCGAUAAGACGGCAACAGUGGCUGAACCUGAAGACGACCUUUCCGCAUCGACGAAUCCUGCCUCGAGCCAAACCUCCCAGUCAGUUUACAUCCGGCGUUCGGAGAGUGUACCGUGCAAAGCUCAGAACAGGGAUAGUUCGAGUUCGAACGAUUCGGGUGUGUCCACCGGAUCGCUACGGCAACGUGGUACCGACUUUACCGACUUUGAGCUUCCGCUUACAACCGCCAUGUCGGCGAGACGUCAUCAGCGGCACGUACUACCGUCACAGAACUGUGUCCAUGCGUCCUUGCCCCGUCGAUCGAAAUCUUUCGAUCCACUGCGAGAGCUGUCCUUCCAGUUCCAGAAGAUACGCGUACCGGAAAAGAGCACCUCGGCCGAGGCGGAAGUGCCCGUGUGUCCACCGAAGGCAAAGGAUGGGAUGGCAGGUGCGCCCGGGGCGCCUUACAUCGAUUCGCGAAGUACCAGCAGCGGUACGUCCGAUAUGUCCGACUACAUCGAGACACUUUCCCUCUCUAGUCACAGUUCCUCCGAUGCGCCUGAAGGCAUGAGACACAUCCGGCAAGCAACGUCAACGCUGAGGCCACGGUCGGGCAAAGAGUAUCAAAAUAUCGAUCGCUCGAUACUGUCGCUAACGCAGGCCAGUACGGACGCAAUCAAGGUGCCAGGCACCCCGUCCCAGCUGCGUGGACUGCUCUCGUGUUCGGCCAACUACGCCAACAUCACGCCCGUGCCGGAGAACGCCGAAUCGCCUAGCCCCGGCUACCAGAGUGGCACCUCGCCACAGGACGCACAGGGUCAGCACUUUAUGUUUAAGAACUCAUCGUAAAACCAAAAACAAACCACGGAGCUACAACCCUAAGGUACUGUACAGAUAAUUUCACUAUUUUUAAGGUGUAGGAUUAAUCACUGCAAAAGUGAGGUUAAUAUAAGACGGGUGAAAUAGUCAUGCAGGCAAAGUCAACAGAAAAUAACAACAACAAAAAACAUGAUACAAAGAAACGACAACAAACAAAUCACCAUUCAAUGAAAGCAAUAACACAUUACUAAGCGUAAAUAUUGUUUUUUGUAUGUUAGUCUAUAUAUAUAAAAAUAUGUAUGGUAAAGACAGAAACUAGAAAAUCAAAAACAUCCAAACACCCCCAAAAAGACCUAAGACCGUUAGUGGAAAUUGUACAGGUUUUGUUUUGGAGUGUAAGACGAGAAAACGCCCUUACGCUACUCACAUAUUUUCGUCAGAAAGAACUUGCUGCUCCCCCAAAACAGUAUAUCGAGGCAAUCCUCAUUGUCUAAUGUAAAACACAUACCAAGCACAUCCUCCUUGUGCUUCCUUUUACGUCUCUGGACAAGUAACGAGCAUCGCACGUUGGAGUUCCAGAGAAAGGACAUAAAAAUUGAUCGCUUACAUUUCAAGUCAACCCAUGAAGGCGCCCACCGGCAGCACUCGAAAUGGAACGGAAAGAAAACACCCGGAAAGCGAACGAAUUGCAGUUGGAACUGUUGUUUGGCUUCUGGCGACGGGGUAAACCCCCAUUCACUGCUCGUGUCUGUGUUUGAUUGUAAUUAUUUAACCUUCCGAUCCUUGAAGGCAUCACUCUUGCCGGGCUCUCUCCCCCGUUUUUUUUGCCAGGAUUACCUGUGCAAAGUUUGCCGUUGUACCGGUGGAGAACGAUUUUCCGUGAUGGGCUCUCGCCCUGCCGGCUGUGUCAUCGCCGAGGGCGCAAACAAUGGCACAUUCUUCGCUUUGCUCCCCUCCCGGGAUGAAGUAUUUUAGCUUCCGAAACAAAAUGGAGACAAUGAAGCGAAAGAAUUGCUUCCUUGUAAAGCAGCUUCCACCCAUCCCGAAGGGAAGCAAUAAUAAGUUUCCGAUGAGCGUGUGACAGUGGCCUGGGAAGAAGAUGUCGGAGCCGGAGCCGAAUGAAUGGGGCGAAGGGAAACAAAUAGACUUUUGGCUCCAUCGGAACGGUAAGACCUUUACACUAACCGUUGGUAAAUAACAUAUUUUGCUCAUGGUUUUUUUUGCUAUAUCUUCAUGACAGACCUUUUCGAUCGAUGGAUUGCGAUACAAUUUUUUUAUCUUUCCUUGCGAUGAUUUCGAGCCGCGGGAAUCACCUUCUGCAGGUGAACAUAUUUUUCGAGAUUAAAACAAACAUCCGUGGCAGUGGUCUGCGACAUUCUAACGAACUGCUUUUCCGAUUGUUUGUUUGUUGAUGAUGUGAAGAUGUGGUAUUGUGUUUGGAAAUAUUGGAUAUUUUUACCAAUAUUUGUUCGCCAUCCCUCGUACGUUGACAGCUUCUUUCUUUUGGGGCAAAUAUUCAAUAUGCUCUUGAAAUGUUAAAGGACGUGAUAUCUGUGCCCUUUAAAUUGACACAUUUUUAAAAGAGGGUUUUCUGUUUGAAACAGUAAGCGAUUGAUACUGGAAAUGUAAAUAAACACGAGCAAAAGCAAGUUCAGAGCAGACGGAAAAGAGAGCGAAAACAAAAAUGUAUGCAAACAAAAUCUCGAAGCUGAAAGAGAAAAAACUGACAGAGAAAACAUGCCAAAAAGAUGAUAACAAAACAUAAACAAAAAGCUAUACUAAACAGAACUGUAUUUAAACACACAAACACACAUUAAACAAUAUGUAGAAAAAAGAAACGAACUUGUUAAAUUUAAAGACAACAAAAAGAUGUGGUUAAAAGAAGAGGAGAAAACCACAGCAAAGUAACUCCAGUGCGACGGAUUAAUGUUCUGUUUUAAGCGAUAAUGUUGAAGCGGACGGGUGCAAUGUAGAUAAAUGAAAUAUUCACACACCACAUUCGAUUCAUCCAUCCUUUUUAACACAUUUUUUAACACACUCAUACAACUUUAAACAAUCGAAUAUGAUUUAUCUGACAUUAAGAAAACCGCUCAUUUAGCAUCGGACUCUACGCAUGAAAUGACUGAAAACAACUCAUAUUCGAAUAUCUGCAUACUUUCUUCCAUUGCAUCAAUCAUCUGCCUUCGCGCUUCUCACACACAGACAUACAACCUAAUUCGCUCGAAUAACGGAAAAACAAAACGAAUAUGCCUUAAACUUUAUUCCCGAUCGAAGACUACCAACACACCGAAGGCUUCUGUUGUACCGAAAAACCAUCCAAGGUUUUGUUCCGAAACUCAUCAUGCUCACCUUUCUUGACGGCGAUUUUUGUGUACCCGUAAAAAAAAACUUUGUAGAAAGCUCCAUUACAGAUAUACAGAAAAACUCUCACCACAACACGCAUACAUACAAUAUCCUGUAAUAUAUAGCUAUCCUAUGCCCCAAACCUGGCCACCAAAACUAUCGCAAAACGAAAGGCGUCGCAUAACGUAAAUAAUCCAUUUUAUUUUAUGUUACUUGGAACGGGGAAGAGAGAGAGAGCUGCUGUAAACCAAAGUUAGCACAAUUUUAUCACGACACGAAGCAACAAAACUAACCAAUCUUCCGACUGCUCCGAAACAUACCUGCCAGUGAAGCUUCCCCGCUUGACGGUAUCAGUCCUUUCGAUGGAGUGUGAAAUGUUGAUUUUUUUACAAACUCUGUCACAAGCCUACCGUUUGGAAAAGUGGCUUGUUUAAGUGUGUGUUUUAAUAGUUCCCACACACAAACAAAAAAAAACAAAAAUCGCAAACCAUAGAACAUCUAGAACGAGUCAUUUAAAAUCGAAAAACAACGCGGGAAGGCAUUAAAGAGCGUUUUCAAACACCGUAGAACGAAGAUUUCAUCACAGUAUAAAGCAAGUUUUACACAAAAAAACAAAGGCAAAUAACCGUCUUACACAUCUUGGCCCCCCAGUUCUGGGUGGUUGGUCGAUUUUUGAAACAAUGUUCUUUUUUUUUCUACGAAUAUAUGUACACGUAUAUUCUAUACAGGGAAACACGGUUUAAACGCGGAAGGAGAGCGAGAAAGGAAGACGAACUAACAACACAAUUAAAAUCAAACCAGUAGUCAAAUUGGAAUUCAAACCGAGGGUACCGUGGGCAUUACCCCGUUGAUGACAAAAGUUAAAACAAAAUCGUUCACUGUACACGGUACGAUUCAGAGAGUCUUAGUUUAGAUUUACCAUUUUUUCUACCAAUUUUUACAACACGAAACGAAAAUCAGAAGCUCAUCUGAAACAGAUGCAUAAAAGAAAAAUCCAACCUUUGCAGACGAGUAGAACAGAGAACGGUUCUAUGUUUUAAGGUAUUUGACGAAUCGGAUGCAUUGAAUCAGUUUUUCCUUCUACUACUAUAAAGACAAGUUUGUGUGUGCGUGUUGAGUUAAUUUUGAGACGUUUUAUUCUUGGUAGAGGUUUUAUCGAACGAUUUAUUCGAUUAAUUUAAACUUUUUUGCACUCAUUUAUUACACUUAUCUAUAUGCAAAAGCGAAAAAAAAACGGAAUCGAACGUGCGAAGCAAGAACAACACUGCAUGUUGUGUGCUUCCAGCUCAACCCACCCAGUUGUGUGGUGUGGUUGCGGGUGUUGUAAAUAGAAAUUAUGUAAAACUGAACGGCAUCCAUAUUAUCACUAUUUGAGUAUUUAUUGGAUUAUUGCAAACAAAAAAAGGAACCCCAAAAAAUAUGCAAACAGAAAUGAGGAACGAGAAAUAUAGCAGUGAGCGCCUCCGUUGCUUGGAACGAGCAAGAAACGGAAGGCUCAUUGACUCCCGUACGGGUGAAGCAACUCUCAAUACACCAAAACAAAACCCCCCGCUGGUAAAUGUGGAAAAGGGCACCCUGUUAGUCACACCCCCCCCCCCUUCCCCUCUCCCCAACCCAUCCAAGAAAGUCUUAACGUGCAAGCAGAACAGUCCAUUUACCAGGAUUUUACCGGGAGCUAAGUUUUACUUCGUUUUGCACACAAACACAACAUAACACAAAUUGGCAAUGAUGGCUUCCGACCGAUGUAAAAUGGCCGAAAAUCAAUGCAGAAAAGAAAAACCGGGUAAAAGAAGGCCCGUUAGUGGAAGCUGAUGAUGUUACGACAUCUGAUUAUGCUACUAAGGUCGUAAGCGGGAGAAACGUACGGAAAAAAAGGAGGAAGGAAAAAGUAAGCAAAGUCCAAAAAUAAAGUUUAACGACACUUUCAUGAAACGUAAAGCAAUGGCUGUUGUUUCGUGGGCAGCAAGAUGGAUUAAGAGAAAGAAAAAAAGA